CCUUCCCGCGCACCUCUCCUAGCUCCGAUGGGCACCCGAUGCUCUGCGUGGCCGCUGUCGCUGCUGCCGCUGCUGUUGCUGCUACUACUGCGCCCCACGGGCGCCAGUUCCCAGGACGAGGACAGCGACUAUGAAGAGCUGAUGCUCGCCCUCCCAUCCCAGGAGGAUGGCCUGGCUGAUGAGGCCCCUCAUGUGGCUACCGCCACCUUCCGACGUUGCUCCAAGGAAGCCUGGAGGCUGCCAGGCACCUACAUAGUGGUGCUGAUGGAGGAGACCCAACGGCGGCAGAUUGAACAAGCUGCCCACCGCCUGCAGACCCGGGCUGCCCGCCGGGGCUACGUCAUCAAGGUUCUGCGUAUCUUCCAUGACCUCUUCCCUGGCUUCUUGGUGAAGAUGAGCAGCGACCUGUUGGGCCUGGCCCUGCAGUUGCCCCAUGUGGAGUACAUCGAGGAAGACUCAUUUGUCUUCGCCCAGAGCAUCCCAUGGAACUUGGAGCGGAUUAUCCCGGCAUGGCACCAGAUGGAAGAAGACAGCUCCCCAAAUGAAAGCGGCCAGGUGGAGGUGUAUCUCUUAGACACCAGCAUCCAGAGUGGCCAUCGGGAAAUUGAGGGCAGGGUCACCAUCACUGACUUCAACAGUGUGCCUGAGGAGGAUGGGACACGCUUCCACAGACAGGCGAGCAAGUGUGAGAGCCAUGGCACCCACCUGGCAGGUGUGGUCAGCGGCCGGGAUGCGGGUGUGGCCAAGGGCACCAGUCUGCACAGUCUGCGUGUGCUCAACUGUCAAGGGAAGGGCACGGUCAGCGGCACCCUCAUAGGCCUGGAGUUCAUUCAGAAAAGCCAGCUAAUCCAGCCUUCGGGGCCACUAGUGGUGUUACUGCCCCUGGCGGGUGGGUAUAGCCGGAUCCUCAACUCCGGCUGCCAGCACCUGGCAAGGACUGGCGUGGUGCUGGUUGCUGCAGCUGGAAACUUCCGGGACGAUGCCUGCCUCUACUCUCCAGCUUCUGCUCCAGAGGUCAUCACAGUUGGGGCCACUGAUGCCCAGGACCAGCCAGUUACCCUGGGGACCUUGGGGACCAACUUUGGACGCUGUGUGGACCUCUUUGCGCCUGGGAAGGACAUCAUCGGUGCCUCCAGUGAUUGUAGCACGUGCUUCAUGUCACAGAGUGGGACAUCACAGGCUGCUGCCCACGUGGCUGGCAUUGUAGCCAGGAUGCUGACUCGGGAACCAGGGCUCACCCUGGCUGAGCUGCGGCAGAGGCUGAUCCACUUCUCUACCAAAGACGUCAUCAACAUGGCCUGGUUCCCUGAGGACCAGCAGGUGCUGACCCCCAACCUGGUGGCCAUACUGCCCCCCAGCACCCAUGGGACAGGCGGACAGUUGCUCUGCAGGACGGUGUGGUCGGCACACUCGGGGCCCACUCGUACAGCUACUGCUACAGCCCACUGUGCCCCAGAAGAGGAGCUACUGAGCUGCUCCAGCUUCUCCAGGAGCGGGAGGCGACGGGGUGAUCAGAUGGAGGCCAUAGGGGGCCAGCAGAUCUGCAAGGCCCUCAACGCGUUUGGAGGAGAGGGUGUCUACGCUGUCGCUAGGUGCUGCCUGCUUCCCCGUGCCAACUGCAGCAUCCACACCGCUCCUGCAGUCCGAGCUGACCUGGAGACCCAUGUCCGCUGCCGUCAGAAGGACCACGCCCUCACAGGCUGCAGCUUCUAUUGGGAGGUGGAAGACUUUGGUGUCAGGCAGCUCAUGCGGCGAUCCAGACAUCAGCCUGGCAAGCACACUGGCCACCGGGAGGCCAGUGUCCACGCUUCCUGCUGCCAUGCCCCAGGCCUGGAAUGCAAAAUCAAGGAGCAUGGGAUCUCGGGUCCCACAGAGCAGGUCACCGUGGCCUGUGAGGCAGGCUGGACCCUGACUGGAUGCAAUGUUCUCCCCGGAGCAUCUCUUACUCAGGGGGCCUAUGCUGUGGACAACACUUGUGUGGCAAGAAGCCCUGGCGCCGAUACAGCAGGCAGGACCAGCCAAGAAGCUACAGUAGCUGCUGCCAUGUGCUGCAGGAGCCGGCCUUCAGCAAAGGCCUCCUGGACUCACCAGUGACGACAGCCUGAGGCAGGGAUGGUGGCUGUGGCUGGGUGCAGAGACAUCCCUGCCUGGCUCUCCUGUAGCUGGCCAAUGGUGGGGAGACUCUGCCUAGAAGAAGUCAGUGUCUCACCCUGGGUACCCACCGCUCAUGGUGGGGCCUGGGCUUGGCAUUCUGCCAUCAAAGAGGUUAAGCCGUGGCCAGCUCUGGUCAGCUGGUCCAGUGUAUCAGAAUCUGAGGGCACUAGCUACAAGACUAGUAUUCAGUCCUCAGGCCUUCAGGGUAUAUUUGUCCUGCAGGAAGGUGAUGAUGGAGAGAGACCCUUGGAGCUUCAGAGACCAAGUGCCAGGCUGGGAAAGUUGGUGUGGAAGUUGCUGGGAGUCCUCACCAUCUGCUCACAUUGGAGACAGCGUUUUGGGCUCCCUGGUUAAAUGUCGAUCAGUUCUGCACACCU